UACAACGCCACUGUAUUGUUUUUUCCUUUGUACAGUUCAACAUGGUCAGAAAACUCAAAUAUCACGAACAAAAGCUCCUCAAAAAAGUUGACUUUUUAAACUGGAAACAAGAUGCCAAUUUACGUGAAGUGAAAGUGAUGAGAAGAUAUCAUAUUCAGAACAGAGAGGAUUAUCACAAAUACAAUACCGUCAUUGGCCACCUCCGCUCUCUUGCCCACCGUGUCUCCCUUCUCCCACCUCAAGACCCCUUCCGAUCAAAAACCGAAAACCAGAUCCUCUCAAAAUUAUACGACAUGGGUGUCCUCAACUCUUCUGCAAAACUAUCUGAUGUACAGAACAAGCUUACCGUGUCCGCGUUUUGCAGAAGAAGGCUGGCAGUGGUUAUGUGUGCGGGGUUGAAGAUGGCAGAGACGGUCAGUGCGGCGACCAAAUUUAUUGAGCAAGGGCAUGUAAGGGUUGGACCUGAUGCGAUUUCGGAUCCAGCGUAUCUGGUUACCAGACGCAUGGAAGACUUUGUCACCUGGGUCGAUACAUCCAAGUUGAAGAGAACAAUUAUGACAUACAACGACGAGCUGGAUGACUAUGAUCUGCUGUAGAGAUUUGGAAUCAGGCUCAAAACAAUUGAACGACACGUUCUAUGCCUGAACCUGCCUAACCCAGCCUCAGCUCGACCUAUACACCAUUCGACGGCACGGCCCUCACUCCUUGCUGUUCUUGGUUAUUGACUGGUACUUACCACCAGGGGGCGGGCAGCGGAGUUUUCCGUGAAAUCAACUGGUGCAGACCCCCCCGUGUGAACUUUGAGUUGCCGACAGCGGCUAGCAUCGGCUGUCUUGAUUCCAUUGAUCUGUCUGCAGUGUGCACCGUCGACGACACCUUCGUUCUCCUUGUUUUCCCUUUCAUAUCAAUACAUUCUUCCUUAAAUCAUCAUUUUCUCUUUGCUAUUAUAAUGGGCCAUAAACAAGCACCU